GCUUCAUGAAGCCUGAGAAGGUGGCUGGACAGCUGAGAGAAGCCAUGUCCGUAGUGCCAGGCAGGCCAAUGAUUCAACCGGAGCCCUCCCUGGGGCUGGGGAGCCAGAGACGAUGGCUUGGUCUCUUGUUUGUGCUCCUGUCUCUCCUGGGCAUCACCUGGACAGAAGUGCAGCUACCCCAGCUGCCAGAGCAAGCUCCUACGCUCCCAGCCCUGAGCAGGAAGGAGGGUUUCUUAGUCCUCUCCGUGCACAACCGCCUGCGAAGCCAGGUCCAGCCUCCUGCAGCCAACAUGCAGAGAAUGGACUGGAGCGAGAACCUGGCUCAACUAGCUCAAGCAAAGGCAGCCCUCUGCGGUGCUUCAGCCACCCCAAACCUGGCAUCUACCCCACGGCACACCCCACAAGUGGGAUGGAAUGUGCAACUAUUGCCGAUGGGCUCAGCAUCCUUUGUCGAAGUGGUCAACCUCUGGUUUGCUGAAGGGCUGCAGUAUAGACAUGGGGACACCGAGUGUGCCCACAAUGCCACCUGCACCCACUACACACAGCUUGUCUGGGCCACCUCCAGCCAGCUGGGCUGUGGGCGGCAUCUGUGCUUUGUGGACCAGGCAGUCAUGGAAGCUUUUGUCUGUGCCUACUCCCCUGGAGGCAACUGGGAUGUUAAUGGGAAGACAAUCGCCCCUUAUAAGAAAGGCACCUGGUGCUCGCUCUGCACAGCCAGUGUCUCAGGCUGCUUCAAGGCCUGGGAUCAUGCAGGAGGGCUCUGUGAGGUCCCCAGAAACCCAUGUCGUAUGAGCUGCCGAAAUCAUGGACUUCUCAAUGUUAGCACUUGUCACUGUCACUGUCCCCCUGGCUACACAGGGAGGUACUGCCAAGUGCGGUGCAGUGUGCAGUGUGUGCACGGCCGGUUCCGGGAAGAAGAAUGCUCCUGCAUCUGCAACGUUGGCUAUGGGGGAGCCCAGUGUGCCACCAAGGUGCACUUUCCUUUUCACACCUGUGACCUGAGGAUUGAUGGAGACUGCUUCAUGGUGUCUUCCGAGGCAGAUACCUAUUAUGGAGCCAAGAUGAAAUGUCAGGGAAAAGGUGGGGUGCUAGCCCAGAUCGAGAGCCAGAAAGUGCAAGACAUCCUUGCCUUCUUCCUGGGCCGCCUGGAGACCACCAACGAGGUGACAGACAGUGACUUUGAGACCAGAAAUUUCUGGAUUGGGCUCACCUACAAGGCAGCUAAGGAUUCCUUCCGCUGGACCACUGGAGAACAUCAGACCUUCACCAGCUUUGCCUUUGGGCAGCCUGACAACCAGGGGUUUGGGAACUGUGUGGAAAUGCAAGCAUCCGCUGCCUUCAACUGGAACGACCAGCGUUGUAAAACUCGAAACCGUUACAUCUGUCAGUUUGCUCAGAAGCACAUUUCCGAGUGGGAGCCUGGACCCUGACCCUGGCCAGGCAGCUCUCCUGUCAGUCCCUGAGAGCACAAGUCAGUUUGCCCGACUGCUCACCUGUGUGAAGCAAGGGCCUGGCUGGGACUGAUUCUCCAACAUCCAAAGAGGUCUCAGCUCUUGCACACUGCUGGACGUUGGGUAGGAUAGUAGCAAUGCCCAUGGGAAAUGAACAGGGGGUCCUAAAGGAGCCUAGCAUGGGAAGAGAAGAGCCAGGGUCCUCAGCCUGCUUCCACUUGCAAAGAUGGGCUUCCACUGGCUCCCGAAGCAAAAGCCAGAGGCAGCGGCCUGAAGAGGAAACUAUUCUGCUCCAUCCAGAUCAAACUCCCUUGGGCAGCUGGUGUUUUCCAGACCAGAGUCUUUGCAAAGGAUUAA